AUGCCGGUUCUCUCCAAGCCAGCGAACGAUGUAGCAUCAGACAUUAAAGUCAGCAUCAGCACCGCUGCAUCUGGUCGUUCAAGUCGCCAGUCAAUAAUAGCCUCGGCCGCCCUGUUAUCCAUUGCCACAUAUUUUGUUAACUAUGCGUAUAGGCACUAUAAUAACAAAUCGUCGAAUGGCCAUCCUUCCUAUCGUCUCAAUUCAAAGGGUAACUUGGUUGAUGGUCCCAUACCAGGCAGUGACAAAUCCAGAGUGAUGGUUCCGUACAAAAAGCGAAUGGCCGAAGUCAGAUAUCGCCCGACAAAGAAAGAGACCUUUGCUAAAAAUAAAAAGAUGUUCACUGAAGUGAAGGGGAAUACACAAAUGAGCAAAGUUGGAGUUAACAAACAUUUCUUUAAGCAAUUGCUCGCUUUGUUGAAAGUUAUUAUUCCCAAAAUAAAAUCAAAAGAAGUCUUUAUAUUAGUAAUGCAUUCGGCGUUUCUCGUGCUGAGGACUUAUCUGAGCGUUGUAGUCGCUAAAUUGGACGGAAGAAUUGUUAGAGAUUUGGUCGCUGCAAACGGUAAAGAAUUCUUAAAAGGACUCGGGUACUGGUUUGCCAUUGCAGUCCCAGCCACUUACACAAACAGCAUGAUUCGAUACUUACAAUCAAAAUUAUCAAUUGCAUUCCGAACGCGAUUGACUCGUUAUGUACAUGAUCUCUAUCUCAACGACGGGAAUGCUUACUACAAAGUCGUAAAUUUAGAUAGCAGAAUAGAAGGACCUGAUCAAUUCAUCACCACAGAUAUCUCCCGCUUCUGUGACGGCUUAGCCUCUAUCUAUUCCAACCUCGGAAAACCAAUUCUUGACACUAUAAUCUUCAAUUAUCAGCUUACAAAGAGCAUUGGAGUUACUGGCACUGCUGUCAUGUUUGCAAAUUAUCUAGUCACAGCUUGGAUUCUGAGAAAAGUAUCUCCUGCGUUCGGGAAACUGGCUGCGACUGAAGCAAAACUCGAAGGCGAUUUCCGAGCGGUCCAUUCAAGACUAAUUACUAAUGCAGAGGAAAUAGCCUUUUACCAUGGAGCAGAGUUGGAGCACUCCAUACUUAAUAGAACGUAUACGAGGUUAAUCAAACACAUAAAUUCGAUCUUUAAGAAAAGGAUAGGUUAUAAUAUGUUCGAGGAUUUCGUCCUGAAAUAUUGUUGGAGCGCUCUUGGAUUAAUGACGUGUGCGUUGCCUGUAUUCUUUCCGGCUUGGGGUGGACGAGGAGGAAUGAUGGAGCUUCAGACUGAGAACUCGGCUAAUGUUAAGGAGAAAGUUCGAACAAAGGCUUUUAUUACAAAUAAGAGGUUAUUGAUAACGCUAGCAGACGCGGGAGGCCGUAUGAUGUAUUCGUACAAAGAACUGGCUGAGCUGGCUGGAUAUACUUCUCGCGUUUAUAACUUUAUUUCCGUCCUCCACUCUCUUCAUGUGGGCGAAUAUGCUGGCACUCCACGUCCGAAAAGCUUCCCUGUGGAAAAAGACUUUUAUUCCUUGGAUGACGUUCGCGGGAAAAUUGUCUUUGGAUACGACGGAUUGAAAUUUGAAGACGUUCCUAUUGUGACGCCCAAUCCAGGAAACGCAGUAGGAGGAGAAGAAUUGAUAAAAGAUUUGAAUUUUAAUAUCAACGCUGGCGAGCAUUUAUUAAUAACCGGUCCCAAUGGAGUUGGAAAGACCAGUAUUGCUCGAGUUAUUGCAAUGUUAUGGCCUACUUUCCGAGGUUUGCUUUCUCGACCAAACGUUGGAGAUAUCUUUUAUAUUCCUCAGCGUCCUUACCUCAGCAUUGGUAAUCUGCGCGAUCAAGUCAUCUACCCGCACUCGUACGGUGAUAUGAUCCGUGCUGGUCGAACCGAUGAUGAACUCGUGGAAAUUCUCAAAAUCGCACGGUUAUCGACCAUAGUUACUCGGGAAGGCGGUUGGGAAACCAGAAAGGAAUGGAAAGAUGUGUUUUCUGGAGGCGAGAAGCAGAGGUUGGGUAUUGCGAGGUUACUUUACCAUAAGCCACAGUUUGCUGUGCUCGACGAAUGCACGAGUGCUAUCAGCACCGACGUCGAAGGUUUAAUGUAUCAAGCUGCCAAGGAUGCAGACAUAACUCUAAUAACAAUUUCUCACCGACCAUCACUGAUAAAAUACCAUACCCACCUUCUUCGUAUCCAUGGAGACCAUGGAAGCUGGGAGUUUUCUCGUAUCGGCACUGCAGAAGAGCGUAUGUCUAUUGAUAAAGAAAUCGCUGCGUUGGAGGCUAAAUUACGCGACGUUGAGAAAGACCAAGAACGCCUGGCAAGCAUUAAUAGAGAACUGCAACUUGGUGUUUGA